CACAGACUCUAUACUUUGCGCCAUGGCCACUGAUAGCCCCUUUAUCAAGAACCUCGCUUCGAGCGACAAGGAAAUUCGUGACAAUGCGCUCAAUUCUCUACGAACAUAUCUCGGAGGACGAUCAAAGAUCUCAGAGCUCGAUCUUUUGAAGCUCUGGAAAGGACUGUUUUACUGCCUAUGGAUGCAAGACAAGCCAGCCCUGCAACAGCGACUCUCGCGCGACUUUGCCUCUCUCGUCUCUACCCUCCGAUCCGGCGUCGCACUUCCCUUCAUCCGCGCAUUCUUCCUCACAAUGGCGCGCGAGUGGACUAACAUCGAAGCACUACGCCUCGACAAAUAUCUCUACCUCAUUCGUCAAUACAUGAACGCAUCUUUUCAACACCUCGCAGCGAAAAAGUGGAAGUCAUCAGUUUUGGAGGAGUUUAAUAAGAUAAUGGAGGAGACACCGCUGAAUCCUACCGAUAUGAAGAUUCCGAACGGCCUACGAUACCAUGUGUUGGAUGUCUGGGUUGACGAGCUUGAGAAGGUCAAUUCGGAUUGGGAGGGCGAGAAGAGGCAGGAGAUUCUCGAAACGCUGGUACAGCCGAUCGAGAAGUUGGUGAAGAAUGGCAGUCUGAAGGUUGUUAGGGAAGCUGCAAAGGAGGUACUGGCAGAGGACACACUACGCAAGUGGAGAGGGCAAGAAGAUGAGAUCAUGGCGGAGCCAGCAUCAGAAGAAGAGGAUGAUGGGUGGGGUGGUUUCGAUGACUAGACGUGCGACGGACGUCAGUAGAAAGAGCAGGAUACAAGGACUUCGCAUUUGUUUCAGCGCGGCGUUAUGGCGGAUGCAUAUCAACACCAAGGAUUCAAAAAAGUUUAAAGAGAGGGAAAGACUAUCAGUUGAAUGAAAUGCUAUGUACAUGUCUCCGG